AUGAGCAUUCCGGAGAGCCUGCUGCCACAAGGAUAUAUGUGUAUGGCCUACGAAUGCAGGAUGUUGAGCGGCAGUCUGCGGUUCAGAAGGAAAGAUUGUCUUGAGUUGAGGUUGGGAACGCGAUCAUCUGUUCUGAGGCGAGCCUGCGGUGUUGUGAGGUGGGCCCACUGGGGAACUCCCAGGAAGCUAUUGUUGGUCCUCUUCGUGCCUGGGCCCUACCUUGAUGACCCUGUCAGACUCAAGUUCUUCCCGCAAGAACUGAGAAGUAUGAAUAUGGCACCACCGCUGAACCCCUCAGCCAACCCAAUGUUCCAACAAUAUGCGACCAGCCACAGCCCAGCAGCAUAUGCUGUGAUGCCUCCUUGUCCAAGGCCGGCACCACACCAACAAUGGCCACAAGGACCACACACCAGUGGGGCACUGAUACGUGCCAACAACGGAUCCAGCAGUGCAAUUGAACCUGGCCCCACAGGCAGAGGCAGUCAGGCAGGCGUUGGCACGUGUGCUGCUAGUGGGAGGACUAGCGAUGGAAAAGGGUUGGUGAACCUCGAUGUAGACUUUCCUGGCUUGGUUGUAACACGCAAGUCAAAGGCAUUGAAACUGAUCAGCCCAGAGACAAACGCCCCAAUAAGCCCAGAAAGAGGUGGCCUGCCCAGUACCUCCGUGAGGGGCCAGGAGCAGGUCAAGGAUGGGGCACCGACGAUCCCCAGCUGUGGUGCAGAGGAACCACGCAGCAGGUGGGCUGGUGAGGAUUGUGUGGCCACAAGGGGCAAGGCAUUGGAGGAGACAGCAUGGGUGUCGCAGAUCCAGCUGGCUGCUGGCCCUGGUCUUGACAAGGUUAGUGGACCGACGAGCCCCACCUCUGGGCUGCCUAUUGGAAGCAAACUCAGGAGGUGGAUGGUAUCUCCUAGACCCGGGAGUUCUAUGGCCAGCAGUGUGGAUGGUGACAUCGAUGGCAGUGACCUGGCUGGGACAGGGGAUGGACUUCACCUAGCUGAAGGCAAGCCACAUGAUAAAAUGCUGACUCACAAGUUUGCAGGUGCUGUGGAAUGUGAAGAAGUGCUCAACAACUGCAGUGCUGGCAUUGGAAAGGAGACUGUGGGUGGAAGCCAGUCCAGCAGAGCCUGCCAGCAGGAAGGGACUGGCAGUGCAGAUCCAGCAAACGAUCGCAUGUCGGGUGCCAAGGCUGGGGUGUGUGAAGCAGAUAGUGAGGGCACGUCAGUGCUUGUAAAAGGCGCGAAUACGGAUGCUGUGUUGGCACGGAAAGGGCACAGGGUUCACAGCCAGGCAUCGGGCAUUCCAAGAAGCAGCAGGCUUCACAUGUGGAUGGGGCAGAGUGAAGGAUAG